GUAAUUAAUUAAUCUUAAUUUUUAUUACCAGAAAAUGUUUUUCUUGCUUUAUUUUUACAUUGUACAUUAACAUUUAUGAUGAAUAUUAUCAAUGAUAAAUUCACAGAUUGUUGGGUACUUUGUAAAUCUAGAUCAAACCCAGGAAAACAGUAUUAUUUUAAUACAAGGACUCGUGAGUCCUCUUGGAUAAAGCCCAAGGCUGUACAGGAAAAAGAAUCUUGUAGCAAUGCCGCCAAUGAAGAGAGACACAGAAAUGAAAUAGAUCGUAAAUCUUUAAAACGAAAUUUUGGUAACAAUACUUCAGAAUCUUCAAAGUCAAAGAAUGAAGUCCAACAAAAACCAAAACCAAAACAUCAUAAUUCAAUUUCUCAUGGGAGUAGGCAUAAUCACAUAAAUAAUAAAAACAAAAAUAGGUGUUCACAAUCACUAAAGCCAGCAAAGAAUUUAGCAAAGAACAGGCUAACGAAACUGAGAACCCAACUAGCUUUGGAAUUGGAGCAGGAAAAGAAGGGAAAUAUUAAUAGAAAUUGUGAACCAAAGAAUGAAAAAUUAAGCCAAACAAGUAAAGCUGAAACUCCAACGAAGAGUCAAAGAUCAGAACUGAAUAGUCCCAAUUUUAAUGAGUCAAAUUGCACUAUAACUUCACAAGUAAGCAAUGAUAGCAGCAGUUUAUCACCUUCGCAGUUUUUUGCUGCGAACAAAAUAAUAUCAGCUAUGAAAGCUCAGUUACCAGAGGAGUAUGACAACAGAGUAGUACAGAAAGACACCUUUGCUGAUAUUGAACAAGGAAUAUGCAAUAAAAUAACGGGAUAUCCGUCAAAUGUACAUCCAUCUACACCUCCACAGUUUUCUCAGGCUGAUAAACUUUUGUCAGCAAUUAAAACAAAGCUUGCAUACAAAAUGCCAAUAAAGGAAAGAAGUGAUAACUCAUGUUCAACUUCAGACCGUAUGCAAAUGCUACGUAGGUUAUCAAAUGAAGCUGAUGACUCCAGGUCAGGCAGACAUAUUGAACAGAUGGAUGUGGACGAAGGUGUUACUUUGGUUUAUUCUAGGGUGGAUCCACACAAGCCUAGCAGCAGCAGCUCCACACCGAGCAUGUUGAAUACAAUACAGACCAAUGCAGUAAUAGUUGUUGAUACAAACAUCUUUAUACAUCAUCUUCACUGCAUCACACAUGUUCUGAACUCACAAAUAAAAGGUUACAGAGAACAGCCAACAUUGUUGGUGCCGUGGCGUGUCAUCAAUGAACUGGACAAGUUGAAAGACAACAACAAUGGUAAUGGUGUGUUAUGCAAGCGAGCCAAAGCUGCUAUGGACUAUCUUUACAAGUCAUUGCCUGUCGCCAAUAGACUGAAAGGACAGUCACUACGAGAUUCCAAUUCUCACAUAUUUCCUUGCGAAGUGCCAGAUGAUGAAAUUCUGAACUGCUGUCUACAACAAUCUGAAAGGGGCAAGUCUGUGGUGUUAUUAUCAAAUGAUAAGAAUUUAUGCAACAAAGCGGUGAUAAACGGUAUAAAGACGAUGAAUGUGCCCGACCUGAUGUCAAUGUUGGAGGGCAAAGCUCGCCCGUUGCCCGACCCAUCACUCUACGCCAGUGUGAAACACUACGAGCUCACUAUAUAUCAACUACUGGCUAAUAUAUUAGAGAAUGAGAUGCGAGCUCGUUAUAAAACACUGUGGGAGCAUGUGGUGUGCCGACCACCACCAUGGGACCUGCAGGAUGUACUGUUCGCGCUGCUGAAGCACUGGAUAGCGGUAUUCCAUGAGGUCUUCCCCAGGAUCGAGAGUUUGUUGAACGAUCUAAAGAAAAGUUACACUUAUAUCAAGAAUAAAGACCCGAAGACCUUAGUUGAAGCCGAGGUGUGUAACUUCAAGGAGUUAUGUAUAGAGGUGGCUAAGAAAUGUCAAAUUAUACCCGAGUAUAUGGAACUAGCCAAGAAUACAGUAGACAGGCUGAAUAAUACUAGACAGACACGAGGACAGAACAAUCUGUCUGUUAUGCAAGCAUUUGAAACUGUAUGGAUUAUAUUCUCUAGUUAUUGUGCCAAACUGUGUCGGUGCUUGGGUAUACCUCAUAGUAUAGAAGACCAAAUGCCAGGCAAUGAGCCGGUUGAGGGCCUCAUCAGUAAAUACUCCAUGUUCAGGAACCAUAUUAUAUCUCUCAACCACACAAUACAAGGAGUACUGAAUGUUGAUAAUUCAAGUAACAUGUUAGAAGGACGUAUAUCUAAUUUGGAGAAUGAAUUGAAAUCCAGUUUGAAUCUAAAUUCAAUGGAUAAUGGUGUUAUAGUACGGGAUGAAUUGAACAUGUUCUGUAUCAAGAACAGAGAUCUGUUGCAUGAUGCCACAACAAAUUUGACAACACUUAUCGAAUUAUUGGACGUUUGUAAAAAUAAUUUUCAUUGA